ACAUCCGUUUUGCUGUCUUUUUGGCAGAUGCUGGCCAUUUCCUGUCUGUGUGAAUUCUCAACUUUAGAGAGGAGAGGAAAAAAGACAGAUUUUGAAUAGAAAAUUAUUUAAGUGUUCCCCUAAAUAUGUGUCUAGGAAGUGUUUGUCUUUUUGCAUCAGAGGUUUCCUGGGAAAUUGAGUUUGAUGAGUGCCGGGCAGAGAAAUCAGGUAAACUCCAUUGAAAUGCACUGAUGGAGAAAGCUUUCAAGUGUUUUUUGCUCUGGAUAGAUUGCCAAAAGUUUGUUCUUAAUCAUUUACCCAUGUCAUUCUUUCUAGAUGUGUUAUUGAUUCAAGUGCUGCCCCGUCACCAGCAGGAACUGGUGCAAGAAAGUUUCAGCAGGGAGUCAUUCUGCAAUGGGUGCACUGAGAUGUAACUCCAGAACAAGUUAACCACUUUUUUGGACAAUUGUGCUUUUCAGGAAGGAUUGGUUAUGACCUAUGAUUACCUAUUCUCCUGAUUUGUAAAGCCUUUCAUGUGCUGUGUGUCUUUUUACUGGUUUUAGAAAUUAUUUGAAGUGGUAUGUUUACUAUCUUAGCGCUCAGCUUGACUUCUGUAAGUAGAAGCUUUUGUUUUGUUGGUUACUUGGAGCUUCUUAAGUUGGUUCCCUAUUUGCAUUGACCUAACUCAUAUUUCCUAAUUCACUUCCAUAAGUGGUGUGGAAAAGACCUGUUACUGAAUUUUAAAAAAGUGUGUGUGUGUGUGUGUGUGUGUGUGGGUUAAAAAAAGGAAAAGGAAAGUUGAUUUGUUUUGGCCCUGGACCGGUUAUCGCCUCCCCUCCCGCUUGUUCUCCCUUAGCUUUCUCUUCCUUCACUCCCACUCUCUUUCACAUCUGGAGGGGACUAGCAGGGACGGCAGCUUUCACCAGCGACCCUCUUGCAAUGGACAUGGACUACAGAGGCUACUUCAGUCUUCAUCGCUGUCUUUAGGGUUGCCCUUAACCUAUAGGAGAAGAAGGUUUCUGCAUUUGUGACGCCUGUGGAGUGAGAGGGAGCGCUGGUGGCGUCGGCGGGGCAGCCAUGGGCCGACACGGAGGCCUUCUGCAGCUGCUCUGCCUGGUGACCCUGGGGUGGGCCCUGGUGCUGUGCCAGUUCCAGCCCUCGCUGCGAAAGCUGCAGGAGGGGGAGUACGAGGUGGUCGAGGAAGAGGAGGAGUACGAGGACGGACUGGAGGAGGUGGAGGAGGAUGUGACGGUAGUGCAGAGCGGCACUGGAGGAGGAAUAGGAGGUGGAGGGGAGAAUAAGAAGAAGGCGACACCCAGCUGUCCGAAGGAAUGCACGUGCACCAACGAGGGGGCGGUGGACUGUGCUGGGGUCAACCUUGCUGACUUCCCCAGCGACCUCUCAGAGGACACACGUCAGCUCUCUCUACAGAAUAACCAAAUCACCGAGGUCACCACAGACGAUCUGGCACGCCUCCACCAACUGCAAACUCUUAACCUACAGAACAAUCGCCUCACUACUCAAGGUCUUGAAGAUGAAGGGUUUGAAGUGCUGGAACAACUAAAUUACUUGUAUCUGGCAAAUAAUAAGCUCACCGCAGCUCCAAAGCACCUUCCACCAUCUCUGGUCAGUGCAGACUUUGCUGCUAACCAACUUACCAAGAUCUACCCAUACACGUUUGGCCAGAAGCCAGGCCUCAAAUCAGUGUACCUACAUAACAAUAAGCUGACAGAUGCAGGCCUCCCUGAAGACAUGUUCAAUGGCUCGAGCAGCCUUGAAAUCCUCAUCAUGUCCAGCAACUUCCUGCGUUCGGUCCCCAAGAACCUCCCCCCUGCCCUCUACAGGCUCCACCUAAAGAAUAACAAGCUGGUCAAGAUUCCCUCAGGCGCUUUUGAGAACCUCUCCAACCUAUGGGAGCUUUGUCUACAGAACAACCUCCUCAGCAACGAUGGCAUGGACAAUGAGACCUUCAGUCAGCUGAGGAGCCUAGAGUACCUGGACCUAUCCAACAACAACCUGACGGAGGUUCCUGACAAUCUCCCACGCAACCUGGUGGUGCUCCACCUGGAGAAGAACUCCAUCCGCAGCAUCACGGCCUCGGCGCUGAUACAGGUGCGCAACCUGGAGUACCUGCUGCUGCACAACAACCAGCUGCGCUCGCGCUUCAUCGAGCCGACCGCCUUCCGCGGCCUCAAGAAGCUGCACACGCUGCACAUGUACCACAACAUGCUGGAGCGCGUGCCCCGCGGCCUCCCGCGCCGCGCCAAGACCCUCAUGCUGCUGCACAACCGCAUCGCCGAGAUCGGCCGCAACGACCUCAUCCUGCUCUACACGCUCACCGAGCUCAACCUGAGCUACAACCGGCUGACCACGUCGCGGCUGCACCGUGAGGCCUUCCGCAAGCUGCGGCUGCUCGAGCGGCUGGACCUGUCGGGCAACGGUCUGCACGCGCUGCCGCUGGGCCUGCCGCGGAGCUUGCAGGUGCUCAAGGUCAAGGACAACCAGCUGAACAGCAUCCCCGACGGCGCGCUGGCCGGCAUGAGCAAGCUCAAGGAGAUCAACCUGGCCAACAACCAGCUCAAGCUCAACUCCAUCUACCAGGGAGCGUGGCAGGAGGUCACUGAGCUGACGACCUUGGAUCUGUCAGGCAACCUGCUGUCUCAUGUCCCGCCGGACCUGCCUGAGUCUCUGGAGUUCCUCCACCUUCAGAACAACCGCAUCAGCCGGCUCCCAGACACCGCAUUUGACGGCACGCCUAACAUCAAGGGCAUCUUUCUGAGGUUCAACCCACUGUCAGUGAAUGCCGUGAAAGAGAGCUCCUUCGCCCACCUGGUGCACCUGCAAGUGCUGGAUAUCGGCUAUGGGAAUGCAGCCCAAGGCCCUGGCGUUGGGGAGGAAGAAGAAAAAGACCUGGCGAAUUGGGACAGGGCCGGAGGAGGAGGAGGAGGAGGACAAAGUGACGACAGCGAGGCCUAAACCCAAACGACCGUGAAGACGAGCCGCCAUUGACAGUUCCAGACGGAUCCUGGUGCCCUGUGUGUCGUUAAGUCUCUACGCCUAACGAGAGCCUCCUAAAAACCGAGCUCUUCAGACCGCUUCAACCUGAGCUCUUCAGUUCUUAAGUACACAGACUUGGACUAUUGUGAUUUGGGGAAGUGGGGGAGAAAGAGAGCAGUUCAGAUGAGUUGAUGCAGGUUGUGAUUACAAUAGAGAGACUAUGCAGAUUUUGGGCUAUUAGCAAACAGUUGUAUUGAAGGAAUUUGUUUCCCCCCUUUGUGGCUGGUGCAGGAUACCAGACCAGGACUUCCUUUUCCCCCUCUUCUCAUCUUUGUGUUCACCUUGGAUGACUGCUGAUGUGUUUAUUUUGCUUGUGGUGACACCACAGAAGAGAGUUGUACACAGAGCAGGCUUUGAGUUGUAUCUCAUGCAAAAAGUUGGUUUAAGAAAGAGGAUGGUCAAACAACACAAGAUAAAUAAAUGAUAUAUAAUUAAAUAUAUAUCGUAAAAUGCAUACACGCCAUGAGCAAGGGCCAUAGAUUGUGGCGAUCAAAUACAUGAUGGGACUAGUAAUCAGUGUGACUAGAAUCAGGGCUACUGAUGCUCCCAGAGGGGUCAAUUAAGUUGAACUAGUUGAGCAGCAGGGUCACCUUUAGGUCUUGUCAUUAAUGAGCCAGAUGCCUCUCAGCCAGAUUCAUCCAUUCUGCAUAGACACUAGGCUAUUGCAUGCUAUUGCAAAGUUACACAUGUCUGUGUUUUUCAAACCUUCUUGUCCUUUAUUUGUGCAGUACAUGUGGGGUUUCUUUUGCGAAUAAAGAUUACAUCUAUUUUUGUAUGGUAUGUAGAAAUAUUCACUCAUGUGACAUCUGAUUCACUGACAAAUUACCAUAUUUCUACACUUUUUUGCAUUCAAAAUAAAAUUCUUGGCAGAUAAA